GAUGCGGAUUACACAGGAAUCCCCGCUGCUCCCCAUUGAGUCAUAUCGGUCCCGUCGCCCUCACCUGCGCGGUGUGCCUGUCGCCGGCGUUUAAGAUCAAUGUGAAGAGAUUUACACCGGGGCGAGUGUGUAAACGCUGAUUUUCCGAACGGGCUUUCGUGACUGCUAGCUCGUGGCUGCUAGCCCAUUAGCUCCAUUAGCCGGCUAGCGGCUAAAAGGCGCAGGCUGAACAUUUAACAGGCUUCUUCCCCUCCUCACACGUCACCCAGAAAUAACCCUGAGAGUUUGUUACACGGACUGACGGACGCCCCCCUCCUCAACCCCCUUACGCCCCCUCGACGCGCGUAUUUAUUUACAGGUUUUCGGCCAAGGAUUGACGUCUCCGGGAAUGAGGGCUCGAAUGGAAAGGAGCCGCUUGACCUUGUUUUGGGGUCUGAUGCUGGCCGUGUUGUCCUGCCUCCGGCCCGCCGCAGCAGAGAUUUGCGGACCAAGCAUUGACAUCGGCAAUGACAUCAGCGAAUUCCGGCGUCUGGAGAACUGCACGGUGGUGGAGGGCUACUUGCAGAUCCUCCUCAUUGGCGACAAGAAUAACAAUCAGGAGAUCUUCCGCUCGCUCAGCUUCCCCAAGCUGACUGUGAUCACAGACUACCUGUUGCUUUUCCGGGUCUCCGGCCUGGACAGCCUGAGCACACUGUUCCCCAACCUGGCCGUGAUCCGUGGCCGCAACCUCUUCUACAACUACGCCCUGGUCAUCUUCGAAAUGACCAGCCUGAAGGAUAUCGGUCUGUACAACCUCCGUAACAUCACCCGCGGCGCUAUCCGCAUCGAGAAGAACCCGGAGCUGUGCUACCUGGAUUCUGUGGACUGGUCGCUCAUCAUGGACGCCGAGUUCAACAACUUCAUUGCCGGAAACAAGCAGUCCAAAGAGUGCAGCGACGUGUGCCCGGGCAUCAUGGAGAACAACCCGCAAUGUCGCAAGACAAUGUUCAACAACAACUACAGCUUCCGCUGCUGGAACUCCAACUACUGCCAGAAAGAGUGCCCGGACAAGUGUGGGCGACAAGCGUGCACGGUGAGCGGCGACUGCUGCCACACACAGUGCCUGGGCAGCUGUAGCAUGGCAGGCAGCGACACCUCCUGCGCCGCCUGCAUGCACUACUACCACCAGGGCCGCUGCGUGGCCGACUGUCCCCCCGGCACCUAUAAAUUCGAGGGUUGGCGCUGUGUCAGCAUUGAGUUGUGCUCCAGAGUCCACCUGCCCGACUUUGACAGCUUCGUCAUCCACAAGGGCGAGUGUAUGUCUGAGUGCCCCUUCGGGUACACGCGCACCGCCCACAACAGCAUGUCCUGCACCGCUUGUGAUGGCCUGUGCGAUAAAGUGUGUGAGGAGAAGGUCAUUGACUCCAUGGACGCUGCACAGUCCCUGAAAGGCUGUACGGUUAUCAAAGGCAAUUUGCAAAUCAACAUCCGCAGAGGCCACAACAUGGUGGCUGAGCUGGAGAGCUUCACGGGUUUGAUCCAGAGGGUGACUGGCUACGUGCGCAUAAGACACUCGCACACACUCAGCUCGCUGGCCUUCCUGCGCAGCCUGCGAUACAUCGAUGGCGAGGAACUCCUGGACGACAUGUACGCCUUCUCAGCGUUCGACAACCAGCAGCUGCAGUACCUGUGGGACUGGAAGCAACACAACCUCACCAUCAGGAGCGGGAAGCUGUUCUUCCGGGCCAACCCCAAGCUCUGCGUGUCGGAGAUCCAGAAGAUGUGGGAGCAGACGGGCAUUCCAGGGCGCUUCGACGAAAGUGACUUUCGCAACAACGGCGACCGAGCCAGCUGCGAAAGCACCAUCCUGCAGUUCAAGUCCAACACCACCAGCAGCACCAGGAUCAAGCUGACCUGGCAGCGCUACCGCCCCCGAGACUACAGAGACCUCAUCAGCUUUAUCGUUUACUACAAAGAGGCGCCGUACCAGAACAUCACCGAGUUCGAGGGGCAGGACGGCUGUGGCUCCAACAGCUGGAACAUGGUGGAUGUGGAGCUUCACCAGGACAAGGACACAGAUCCUGGCGUUCUGCUGUCUGGCCUGAAGCCUUGGACGCAGUACGCUGUCUUCGUCAAGGCCAUCACGCUCAUGGUAGACGACAAGCAGGUUCCCAGUGCCAAAAGCAAGGUGGUGUACAUUCGAACCAGCCCCUCAGCGCCCUCCAUGCCUCAAGAUGUGCGUGCCUACUCCAACUCCUCCACCCAGCUCGUGGUGCGCUGGCUUCCCCCAGUGUCCCCAAACGGCAAUCAAACGUACUACCUGGUGCGCUGGCAGCAGCAGGCUGAAGACCGAGAACUGUAUCAGCACAACUACUGCUCCAAAGAGUUGAAGAUCCCUGUAAGGAUGGCAGCGAUCGGGGUGGGGGACCAGGAGGAUGACACCAAGCCUACAAAGUCGGACCCCGAUGGCUCCGACAAGGGCCCCUGCUGCCCCUGCCCCAAAUCGGUGGAGGACCUGGAGGCGGAGGCCGCGGACGCCUCCUACCGGAAAGUCUUUGAGAACUUUCUCCACAACUCCAUCUUUACACCCAGGCCACCGGAUCGUCGGCGUCGAGAUCUAUUCAGCAUCGCCAACGCCACCCACUCCCGACGCAAGCACCAGCCUCACUCUAACACCAGCACCACCCCUCCCCUGCAAGCUUCUGCCAACAGCAGCAGCGUUGACCCAGAGAUGGCAGAGCGCGAGUUCGAAUUCAUGGAGCAGGCAGUGACUGAGCGUGAGCUGCAGAUCUUGGGUUUGCAGCCGUUCACAGUGUACCGCAUCGAUGUACACGCCUGUAAUCGGCAGGUGCAGCGCUGCAGCGCCGCUGAGUUUGUCUUCUCCAGAACCAAACCGGCAGAAAAGGCAGAUGACAUUCCUGGUCCGGUGUCUUGGGAGGGCCAAGAAGACUCUGUGGUACUGCACUGGCCUGAGCCGUCUCACCCCAACGGCCUCAUCCUCAUGUAUGAGAUGAAGUUCAAACUGGGUGCAGAGACUGAAAAGCACGAGUGCGUGUCGGGUCAGAUGUAUCGGGCACAGCGUGGUGUCCAUCUGUCCAACCUGAGUCCAGGCAACUACUCGGUGAGGGUCAGAGCGACGUCAUUGGCAGGGAACGGAUCCUGGACACGACCGUUAGAUCUAUAUGUGGCUGAACGAUAUGAACACUUCCUCUACGCAAUCGUAUUUGCCCCCAUCUUUAUCAUCAUGAUCAUCUGCUUCCUGGUCGGCGCACUCUUCGCCCUGAACAGGAAAAGGAACAGCGAUCGACUUGGAAAUGGAGUACUGUAUGCGUCUGUCAACCCCGAAUACUUCAGUGCAGCUGAAAUGUACGUGCCAGACGAGUGGGAGGUGGCGCGAGAGAAGAUCUCCCUGAGCCGCGAGCUGGGCCAGGGUUCAUUCGGCAUGGUGUAUGAGGGGAUCGCUAAGGGGGUUGUGAAGGACGAACCGGAGACAGAAGUCGCUAUCAAGACGGUGAAUGAGUCGGCCAGCAUGAGGGAGCGCAUCGAGUUCCUCAACGAAGCGUCCGUCAUGAAGGAGUUCAAUUGUCACCAUGUGGUGCGUCUCCUUGGGGUGGUGUCUCAGGGCCAGCCCACCCUGGUAAUUAUGGAGCUGAUGACACGAGGAGACCUCAAGAGCUACUUGCGCUCCCUCCGACCUAAAGAGCAACAGUGGUCCAGUUUGUCCCUGCCGCCCCUGAAGAAAAUGCUUCAGAUGGCAGGCCAGAUUGCAGAUGGCAUGGCAUACCUCAAUGCCAGCAAGUUUGUGCACCGAGACCUUGCGGCGCGUAACUGCAUGGUGGCCGAGGACUUUACCGUCAAGAUAGGAGACUUCGGCAUGACCCGAGACAUCUAUGAAACGGACUACUACCGCAAAGGCGGAAAGGGCUUGCUUCCCGUCCGGUGGAUGUCACCUGAGUCGCUGAAGGACGGCGUUUUCACCACCAAUUCCGAUGUCUGGUCAUUCGGGGUGGUCUUGUGGGAGAUAGCCACACUGGCAGAGCAGCCCUACCAGGGACUAUCCAACGAGCAGGUGCUGCGCUUCGUCAUGGAAGGAGGCUUGCUGGAGAAACCGCAUAACUGUCCCGACAUGCUGUUUGAGCUGAUGCGCAUGUGCUGGCAGUACAACCCCAAGAUGCGUCCAUCCUUCGUGGACAUCAUCGGCAGCAUGAAGGACGAGCUGGAGCAGUCCUUCUGCGAGGUCAGUUUUUUCUACAGCGCUGAUAACAAGCUGGCAGACGGUCCGGCUCCGCUGCCACCCCCGCACCAACCACACCCCGACAACAUGGACGGUAUCCCGUUAGACAUGCCACUGCAGAUGCCACCCUCACCCAGCUCCCACCUUCCACCCGGGCCAUCGCUAGCCCCCGGCUCGCCAACACGGCCCUGCACGGACAAGGAGCCCGUUGGGCACCAAUCAGCUAACGGGUUGACAUCAUCAACAUCAUCAUCUUCGGUGAAUGUGGCGGUGGGGGCAGGGGCACCGCCCAACGGGACCAGCUCAGUGGCCGCCAUGCAGGCGUCCCUGGACGAGCUUCCGCCCUAUGCCCACAUGAACGGGGGACGCAAAAACCAGCGUGCCAUGCCCCUCCCUCAGUCGUCUGCCUGCUGAUUGGACGGAGCAAAGACUCAUGGGAAGUCAAACCUAUUCUGCUGUACUGCUACCCUUUUUUGUUGCUGUUGUUGUACCGGACGCAACACUGCCCCCUUGCUGCCGAAAAAAACACCACGGAGAGAGUUGCUUGUUUUAUAAAUGCUUUCUUACAUUUUUUUUUUUUUUUUAAAGAGUCCUUCGGAGAGGAUUUCGGUCCAUAUUGGGGCGGGCAUUAUGGAAGCAUACUUAACGGGAGAAGAAGCACUUAAAGAGAGGGAGGUCCUCGAUGUAUGGAUGUAACGGUUGGUACAGUAAGGACGUAAAAGGGUGCAAAAAACAACAAGAAAACUCCAUUUUGAUACUUUUGUCUCCAUUUUGAUACUCUAUUUUGUCUCAACAUCAAAAUCUGAGCCACUAAUCGUCGCAAAGUGCUGCGAAUCAAUGUCAAAACACUACAACCAUGACUUUUCUUUCUUUUUUUUUCUAUUGAGCAUUUACAAUACAAAAAAUGUCAGGAAAAAUAGUGAAAACUGCACGAAAAAUGACACAAAAUGGUGAGAUAGUACAUACAAAAAAACGGCAAAAAUUAAAGCGGGGAAAAAAAAAACAGCUUUAGAUACUCCUCCAACAUUGUGCUCGUUGGUACGAUAAAAAGGCUUGAAAACAUUUUUAAAAAUGGUGGGAUACUUUGUGCGCCAAGGGAGGUCCUCCAUGUUGCUCCCUUUGUGCUCAUUGGUACGAUAACAGCAAAAAUUGCAUGUAAGCAUCCACAAAAAAAGACAAAACUAGUUUUUGAUACUCUGGUCUCCAUUUUGAGUCUUCUUUUUGUCUCCGCAUCAAAAUCUGAGCCUCAAAUUGUUGCUGCAAAGUGCUGCAAAUUGACGUCAAACAUCAUGACUUUGUUGCUGGUUUUAAAGAGCAUUAAAUGAGGAUCCAUUUUUGGGCAGGCGUUACGGAUACUUACGGGAGAAUAAGCUGUUAAAGAGGGAGGUCCUCUUAUGUUGCCGGGCAUUGUGCUGGUUGGUACGAUAACGGUCCGAAAAAUGGUGAAAAACAACGUGCCAAAACAACAUUUUGAUACUGCGGUCCCAAUUUUGAUGCUCCAUUUAGUAGUGACAUCAAAAUCUGAAAAUAAAUCAUCACAAAGUGCUGCGAAUCGACGUCAAAAGACUCACUCUCACUCAAUAACAUGAGCACAACUUUUUCUCAGUCGUUUUCAAGAGCAUUUAUGCAAAGAGGGAGGUCCAGCAUUGUGCUCAUUGGUACGUCAACAAUGAAAAGCGGUGUGAACACCUACAAAUAAUAGCAAAAAAUGAUGUGAAAAGACAUUUUUACACUCUGCUGAGGGAGCUCCUCCAUGUUGCCACCAUUAUGGUGUUUGGUACGAUAAUGAAAAAAAUGGCACAAAAACCUACAUUUUGUUCUCCGUGUUGCCAUUAUUGUGUUCAUUGGUACAAUAAUGAUGUAUUGCUCCAAAAACAAAAAAAAUUGCAGUAAAAAAAACAUUUUGAUACACCAUUUUGUCUCUACAUCAAAAUUUGAGCCAUAAAUUGUUGGAAAGUGGUGCAUUGUACUGCGAUUCCAUGUCAAAACACUCCUAAAGUAAGUCAUGGUUGUGUGAUUAAGGUUUUUUUGUUUUGUUUUCAGUAGGAUUUAUACCAGUUUUUGGGUUUUUUUGCUUGUUGGUACGAUAACAACAAAGAAGAACAUGAAAAUGAAAAACUGUGCAAAAGCCUACAAAAACAACAUUUUGAUAUUGCGGUCUCCAUUUUGUCUCAACUUCGAAAUCUGAGCCACAAAUUGUCGUGGUGGUGUUAUUAAGGGUUUUUUUCCCCAAUGGUUUUCAAUAGCAUUUAUGCCAGUUGUUUGGGUGUGACUUUUUCAACCUUCUUAUUUGGUCCCCAUGUUCAUCUUGUACAGAGAAAAAAGACUAGCUGCUAUUUUUCUUCUCUUGUGGUUGUAAUAUAAAUGGUGUGUGUGUGUGUGUGUGUGUAUAUAUAUAUAUAUAUAUAUAUAUAUAUAUAUAUAUAUAUAUAUAAUGUGUGUGUGUGUGUGUGAAUCUGUGAGUAUAUAAGAGACCUUCAGGUUGAAUUCAUGAGCGUUUUCACUCCAGUUAGCCAUGUUUUUUUGGUUUGUCUAUUUUACUUUUUGUGUUACUGAGCUGGUUUCAAAGAAUUAUGCCUGAUAUUGUGUUUAGAAAAGAGUCCCAAGUUAAAUCUCAGGGUUUUUCUUCCAUUUUAGGAUUUCAUUACUAUUGUUAGCCGCACUGCGCUCAAUUUUCGCCACAAUAUCACAGUAUAUGUCCUCUCUCAUUUUUAGGUAGCCUCUGCAGUAGUUCCCACGCUCGUAGUCACAUGUUGUGGUCCAAUUUCUAUAUCACAAAAUGGUCACCAACCAUCAGUUAAAUUCACUGUUUCUGGUCUUCUGCUUUUCAGGUAACUGUCGCGCUAUCUUCUAUCCUUUCCAAAUUUUAAUAAUCACAUAAAAUGGAUGUUAAAGGUUCAUCACUAAAUGUACUAGCUUUCAGGUAACAGCCGCACGCAAUUGACAUUCCCAAAUCUUAAUAAUAACCUAAAAUGGACGUUAAUGUUUUUUUUUUUGCCCGUUUGUUGUCUUUGUUUUCAGAUAGUGCAACGACUGCUAUCUCCAAUGCUAGCUUUGUUUUUCUGACUCAAAAAACACUACAUUGUUGACACACUACUUUUUUUUUCCACCAACCAUCAGUUGAAAUAACUUAAACUGUCUUAGUCUCUUGUUUUCAACUAGCCACUGCACUAGCUGCAGUGCAAGCUAAUAAACUGGCUGCCGAGCUAGCUGGCGUGUAUUCCUGACCUACAUAUUUGAGCCAGCCUCUUAUUUUUUUCCCAACUUAAAGCAUUUUAUUCCUUUCAAAUAGACGUUAAUUGUUUUUUUGUUUUUUUUGUUUUUGUUUUUUGUUUUUUUUUACAACAAAUUACAUAUUUCAUCCUUAUUGUUAUGUCCCAGACACUAUAUAUAGCUGGUGAGCUAGCUAAUGCUCACAAAUGGCACGUGCCACAAAAUGCUUUUUUAUUUUAUUUAUUAUUAUUUUUAUUUUUUUUUAAACAUAACAUUUUCAGCUUGCGUCCAAGCUUAUGCCUUUCUCAAAUCAUGACGGCUAGCUCACUAAUGCUAACAAAUGAGAGUACACAUCAAGAAUAGCAAUACAAAAUGGCAGCAUACAGUUUAGGAAUUGUAAUCAUCCCAAAAUGGAACAUAAAUGUUUUUGAAGCACAGUACACUUCACUUUUUUAUUUUAUUUUUUAUUUUUUUUUCGCGAGCGUCCAAGGCGCGGAUAGCUUCUGCAGUAGCUGACCACGUUUAGUUUAGCUGGCUAGCUAGCUAAAGCUAAUGAAGACAUUAAGUCAUGAUGCACCCCUAACAAUUUUAAAUAAAUCUCACAACAAAAUGGCGGCAGAGUACAGUACACGGAUGCUAAUCAAUGCUAUUUGUAGGGAUGGGUUGCAGUUAGUGGAAACGACUAAUGUUUCUGUUCCCUGGUAAAGUAAAUGGCUGAAUUAAUUUAUUUGUAACAUUUAUUGAAGAAAUAAUGACCAGCCCAGUUGUUUGUGUUUUUGUGUGUGUAAAUCACUGUACAGAAAUAGCUGGAGACUUUUUCUAUUUGUUUUGAUACAUUUUUGAGGGUUUUUUGCUACUUUUGGGGGACGGGAGAAGGUUGUUGUUGUUUUUUUUCCUCUCGUUCAUCCAUCUACCUCACUGUUGUUGUUUGUUUUUUUUUCAUUCUGAUUAUUAUGAUGUAGAGGAGCUUUACUUUAAUUUCACCAUUACAAACCGAACAGCAGCACAGAAACAUUUUUGAUGACAGCGCGGAUAAUUGACCAAUCAGAAUGCAGGAAGUGAACCUUGGGUCCGAGACUGUGAUUCUAAACUGUAGGAGGCGCUGUUGUACUUGCAUGGUCUACGGAAGAUGUAGCUGGAUGGAAAUGGUCAAUAUUUCUGAUCGUUCAAUAAAAAGAGUAUUAGCACCACAGCAAAAAGUAAUGUCAUUAGAGAAAAUGAACACAGCAUAUAGAAGGGGAGGAUACGCUGUAACAUUACAUAGGAAAAAGGCAUUACGUUACUAGAAAAAAAAAGCCAAAAUAUUAUGAGAGAAGUCGCUAUAUUGUGAAAAUAACAUUGAAAUAUUUGCUAUUAAAGCUAAUAUAAUCAAGAAAAGUCGAGUUACAAGAAAAAAAGUCUUAACUACUAAAAGAAAAAAUGAAAGUAGUCGGAAUAUUAGCAGAAAUAAGAAAAAAAUCCAAAGUUCGAAGAAUACAUUUAUAGAUGGUAAUAUAGCUUCUUUUUCAUAAAAUAACUACACUUUCCUCAAAUUCCGACUGCAGCGCUUUUGUAAUAUUCUAGAUUUUUUUUUAACAUUUUCAUGAUAUGACUAUCUCUUAAUAUUUUGUUAUUCUUCAAAAUUCAGAUUUUUGGGGGGGGGGUCAUAAUAUUUUGACUCUCCUCUGACAACUUAAGUUGUAGCAUUAUCGAAACUAAUUCUUGUACAAUUAUGACUUUUUUGUAGCAUCACAGCAAUGAACAGCUCUGGUCAUGAAAAAGACUUCUCCGGAUAAUACAAAUGUAUUUUAACUUUUGUUGUUUAACUUUAUUGUAACAUGACUACUUUAUUUUUGUCAUAUUAAGUUUUUUUUUUCACCAAAUAUUUUAUUUCCACAAUGCUACUUGUUGUAAUAAUUUGACGUACUCUGGUAAAAUUAUGACUUUUCUUGUAAUCUCCAACCUAAAACUUUGUUGAAUUGAAAUUGACUUUUUGUCUCAUAAUAUUUUGACUUUAUUCUGACAUUAGCUAUGACUUAAUGACUUUCCUAAUUUGACUUUUUUCAUGUAAAUGAGUUCUUUUUUUUCUCACCCCUUACAAUAUGGCCCAAAUACACUACAGGCAUCAUGACAUAUCAGCAAAAGGGAGAAAAGAGGAUGUUAUUUGUGAAAUUGUAAAAUAAUGCAAUACAUCUCAACAUUUUUCUUCUGCCCAUGUUUCUGUUGCUGAUUGCAAAAACAAAAAAAACCUAUAACAGUCUAAAAUCUUCGCACAUUAAUGAGUAUGUGGAAGCACAUUCGUAUUCAACUGUACACAUUUGAAGCACGUUUUAAUGUCUUUACGACACAAUGUUGAGACUGAGUGUGUAUUUGGGGCGGAUAUUUAGUUCUCCCCGGGGAGACAUUAACGUUAACAGAGGCCUUUGUGACAGAGUGGACCACAUCGGGUUUGGUUCGGUCGCUUGUUCAAAGAUAAAAACAACAGAAUACUGGCUUAUGGCCAUUUUGACUUGUUGCCAUGGUGAUCACCAGGUACAGCUGGUUCUUUGGUUUAAAUGCAGUAGAAACAUAGCUAUAUGGGAUCAGAUGUGGUUUUUGUUUGUUUGUUUUUUACUAGUGGAUGGCCUCAGAUAAUUUUUUUUAAUUAUUAUUUUGACCUUUUCUUGCAUCCAUGGCCUAUAUAGUUUUGUACAUUUUUCCAAUAGCCUUCCAUCAAAACGUUAGACGGAGGUUUCAUUUUGGGUUUUUUCCCUAUUUUGUUUUGUACAUGAUGUUUUCACAUAUAUUCCAGAGGGUUGAAAAUGUGAUGUUUUCAAAUUUAUUCCAGAGGGUGGAAAAUUAUUGGCUGAAGGAAAAAGAGAAUGUCUGUUUCUCUGGUUCUUGUUUUUUUUUCUACAUGAGAGUUAAGAUGAAUAAAAAUGUAAGGAAAU